AUGGAGGAAAAAGACGAGGAUCUCGGUGCCUUUGAUCCAAACAUUCCUGAAGAGGGACCAUCAGCGCCCCCUCCUGGAUGGCUGGAUAAUAUUCACGGAUACCAGGGUCACAUAGGAGAUGACAACCCACUGUACCCUCCGCCUCCUGCCUACAACCCUCAGCCCGAGCAGGACAGGAACACUCUGGUGCCCAAUGUGCAGGUGCCCACCGUGUCAGAAGACGUGGCCAGAGAAGCUUUGGUGAAAUUUGCUGAAUCUAAAUGGAAGUACAGCGCCAAACCGGCCCGCAACCUCACCUUCAAAGAUCUCAAAGCCAUCACCGUUUACAGAUACCGACUGGAGACCUACACAGAGACCAGGACCAGUGCCUGGCAGUUUGAGCCAUUCAAUGGACAAGUAGUGGAUGGGCCUCAGUUCGGGGCCAGUCCUCCUCCGUGGGACAUCCCGGUGUCACUACCGCAGAGGUUCACUGACAUGGUGGUCAAGGUCCGCGUGCCACACUCCUCCUUUGUGAAGAAUUGCCAUACGUGCCAUGGAUGUGGAAGAACUCGCUGUCGCCUGUGCUUUGGGAGAGGCAUGAAACGCUGCACUUUUUGUCACGGUCACGGGCGAUCUAGAAAUAAGCGCUGUUCUUCUUGUGGGGGUCGAGGACGCAAAAGAUGCCUGUCAUGUCACGGACACGGCUUCAAAACCUGCAGCGUUUGUCACGGAAAACAGAACCUCAUGCACUUCAUUGAACUCACGAUCACAUGGAAAAACAACAUUGAUAACUUUAUUCCUGACCGCCAGCCUGAAUUUCCUGAUAAGAAGUUUGAGAAAGUGACCGGAGAUCCUUUCUUUCAGGAUGAGAAUGUUCUGGUUUAUCCAAUCCAAGGUUUCCCUGAUCAGGAAAUUUGCGACGUCUCAAGAAAACUGAUAAACGAACAUUUGAAUCGCUUCAGCACCACCAGCCGCAUCUUCCAACAGCGUCAGACCAUUGAGAUGGUGCCGCUCACUCACGCACGCUACACCUACAGCGGGAAAGACUUCGAUUUCUACGUUUACGGAGUGGAGAACCAAAGGAAGACUUCAGGUGGAGUUCUAGCUUUGGUAUCGGAGCUUCUGGACCUGCCCGCUGCAGUCCACGCUCCACGGACCACAGGGAAACCAUCCAGGACGCGUAGAGACGACUUUUGGUGGACUGUCCCAGUAUACGCCACUACUCCUCACCACCAGAACCCGGUCAGGACCCCACUGCUGCCCACCGAACACACCAGGAACCCACUGCUGACCUCCACACACAUUUCAUUUCACCCGGCCUCUCCCUCCCGCUCCAGCCUCAUCCCAGCCCCAAGUCCUAGGAUCGAGAUUACGCCUUCUGGAGACUCGCUCAGCUCUCACCCGCACACCCAGCCCCAGGGCCCCACAGCUCUAGGAGUGUACAGAGAGUGCUCCAGUCCAGGCAGCAGUAACUCGUCUACAGGGUGGCCCUCUGAAAACUGCUCCCCCCUGGUCUCCCCCUGUGCCUCUCCAUGCAACAGCGGAGGCUACAGCUUAUCAGCUCUGGAUCUCUGCCCGGGACUUCGGGCAUUCCACACAUCCUCCACACACUCUACUCCAGGUGGGUCGCCCCACAGCAAUGUCCCGUAUGAGACCUUCCUCCUGCCCCACCAGCCCACUGUCCCCACAAAGCUGAGCCAGCCGCACCAGCGCUCCCGCUCCCUCUCUCCACAGGGAAAGCGAUCCUACCACCAACUCCACUCGUGUACCGGACCCACGCCGGCCAAACAACGCUCACGGAGCCCGAGCCCCAGCCCUGUCCCGUCUCCGAAUGAGCCGCAGAGGUCUCAUUACCUCCACCAACACCACAGCCCCACCCCUGUGCUGAGCGGCCUGUUGAGCGGCCUAAAUGCAGCGGUGAUGCCUUCAGUGGGGGCGCAGGCUGCACACAGGUCGGCCCCGAGACAGGACUGUGUCUAUGGGGACAGGGGGAAGUGGCAGCAGCCGGAGAAGGACGUUAGAGCUGAGGUCACGUCUGAGGCCUUCUAUAUUAUACCAAAUGUGUGGCCUGCUCCCACUCAUCAUGGAGCUUUUAGUGUGUCCAUGGCUGCCCUGCCCUCUCUGGAGUGGCAGCUGCCCUCUGAGGUGGGUCAGUACAAGUUGCAGAUUCAGCAGCAGCCCAGAGCCUUCCAUCGAGCGCACUAUGAGACCGAGGGGAGCAGGGGGGCAGUGAAGACGGCCAGCGGAGGACAUCCACAAGUGCAGCUCUUGGGGUACCAUGGCUCCUCUUCGCUCCGCCUGCAGGUUUUCAUUGGAACUGCAGACGAGCGGCAGAUGAAGCCUCACUCUUUCUACCAGGUUCACAGAGUCACAGGGAAGACGGCCUCCAGCAGCCGCUGUGAGGAGAGCGCGGUCUACGGGACCAAAGUACUAGAAAUCCCACUGGAGCCCAAGAAUAACAUGAGAGUGAUGGUUGACUGCGUGGGAAUACUGAAGCUGAGAAACGCUGACAUCGAGCUUCGAAAUGGGGAGAUAGACAUCGGUCGCAAAAACACUCGAGUGCGUCUGGUUUUCCGAGUGCACAUCCCAGAACCAGGAGGACAACUGGUGUCACUGCAAGUCUGCUCCCAGCCCAUAGAGUGCUCCCAGCGAGCCCAGGAAAUGCCCUCGGUGGAGAGCCAGGACCUGGACAGAUGUUCAGUGCUUGGGGGACAACAGAUGGUUCUGACAGGAGCCAACUUCAGCCCAGACUCAAGGGUUGUCUUCACAGAGAAGACACAAGAUGGAGUGCAGAACUGGGAGGCUGUGGCGACCGUCGACAGAGACAAGACACAAUCUAACAUGCUGUUUGUUGAAGUUCCACCGUAUCGAGAUGGUAGAGUUUGCAGUCCUGUCAAAGUCCACUUCUAUGUGAUGAAUGGGAAAAAGAACCAGAGCCAGCUUCAGCCGUUCACCUACACACCUCUGGCCAUUAAAGCCGAACCAGUAGAUGACUACCAGGUGAAUUACAGCUACCCAGAGAGCAUUGCUAUUUCUGGCUUUUCCAUGAAGUCCCUUUACCAUCACCACCAUGACAGGAGCCUCCAGGCCCUGGGCGUCUCUCCGACACUGUACAGUCAUAUUUCUACUGUGAACAACAGAAACCCACUGGACACUUCCAACCACCAGCACCGAUCCAACCCUGUGCUCUACCACACGCAACGCUAUAACACCAAUUCUCCCGUUUACCAAAAAACUGAACAUGAAGAUGCCAUAGAGCCCAAACCAUGUUCAUAUCAGGCACUGUUGCCUUCAGAGAAAUCCUUAUCGUCAACCUUUACUCGGUUUGCUAAACAUAACUCAAGCAUUGGUGUGAUUAAACAGACAAACUCUGAAAUCAGUGACCACGAGAAGCCAGUCACAGGGGAAAUGACUCUAGAGGAUAUUGCCGGUGCCUUUAUGCCUUUUAUGGAAGAUGAGGCUUUGGUCCCAGAGGCUUUGGUCCCAGAGCGUUUGGUCCCAGAGGCUUUGGUCCCAGAGCCUGUGGUCCCAGAGCCUGUGGUCCCAGAGCCUGUGGUCCCAGAGCCUGUGGUCCCAGAGCCUGAGGUCCCAAAGCCUGUGGUCCCAAAGCCUGUGGUCCCAGAGCCUGUGGUCCCAGAGCCUGUGGUCCCAGAGCCUGUGGUCCCAGAGCCUGUGGUCCCAGAGCCUGAGAGGUACCAUAUGUCUCAGUGUUAUUAUCAAAAGACUGUUCCACAGAUUUUUCAAACUCUUAGAGAAGUCGCUGUGUGGAGUAAUCCUGCCGCUGCAGACUAUCUUCCAAACAGCAGCAUGUCAGAGCUGGACCUGUCCACCCCGGAGGUCCCAGAGCCUACCUUCCUGGAGAGUGUGCUGAAGUACGGUCUGUUCCUGGGAGCCAUCUUCCAGCUCAUCUGCAUCCUCGCCAUCAUCAUCCCCACGUCUAAAGGCCACGAACAGGAGGAGACGGAGGCCACAGAAAACAAAGCUGCAGCAGAACAAAUGAAGAAGUCUAAAGGAGCAGUGCCCCAAAUCCGGCAGAAGCCAAAGAAAGAGAGUAAAAAGAAGAGAUAG